AUGAAGUGGUACCCGUUUCUUGCUUUCGGUAGCAUAGCCCAGGUUGCUGCUGGUCUGAAGCUCAUCGAUGAGUCUGAAGAUAAUGGUGUCAUCUGUUAUACAUACUUGUCAACCUACCUUGCAGCUGUUGACGCUGGACCAGCACCUGCUCUUCCUACAACGCGAGGGAUUCUCCCUCCUUACUUUACCAACCGGUCUACGUCUGCUCUGCCCUUAUCUACCCUUCUAGCAGACCGAGAAUCUUCCAUUGUUCUCCAAGAUCCCGACUCUACAGUCGCCCUGGUUACCUCGUCUGACUUUGCUAUCUUGACAGAGUCCACUGACCUGUUCAAUCCUACCGCAACUAUCUCGAGCGAAGCCUCUGCCACAAGCUCCCAAGCUGAAGUAACCGGCCAGGCCGUCAUCUUCUUCGUUACGCCGGACACAGGCAACCAGAGACGGAGCCCGGUCAAAAAAGACAUCCCUGGAGGUUUCGUUAAUGGAGUUAACCCGGUGGACAUCUGCGCCGAUGCGGACAUCUUCCAACUCGCAGACGGGCAGCUCUUGGAUAAUGGAAGCCCUGUCUAUUAUGACGGUGAACCUUACAAGCUAUUUGCUAGCGAUGGUAUACCACCUGAUGGUGCUAUCACAAAGGAAUUCGCCGCUGUGAAUGGAAGGCUCGUGUUUGCCAGCAGGUCGUUACCCGGUAACAAUGCUGGCUUCUGCCAGGAUGACACUGGGCUAGUAGACUUGUGA